AAUACAGGCAGGAGAUAGAAGCACUAAGUACAGGAGACACAAGGGAGCAAAGGAAUAACUGAGAUACAGCUGACAGAGCAACCCGGUUAGGACGGGGCAGGACAACAAGUGCAGGACACUCAGACACAGCAGCAUCUGUAACAGCCUCUGAAGUCCCCAAUGUGGGGAAUGAAGCCUGGAUCCCUGGGUAUUGUGCUCCUGCUAUUCAUCUUCCUGCAGACCAAAGAAGGGCUGACAGAAUGGACUCAAUGCAGGUUUGGGUUCACAGAAGAGAGAUACAUUUUUCUGGUGCCAAAGAAUGUGGAGCAGGGACAAGUCCUGGGCAAAGUGGGAAUGAAUGGGUGCGAUUCGCUGCCGGAGAUACGAUAUGUUUCUGAGGAUGCAGAUUUUAAAGUCCAGGAAGAUGGCAUAGUGUUGGCAAAGCAUCAUAUCAAGCUGCAUAAACCCAAAAGAAGCUUCCGUAUUGAUGCUUGGGAGGGCAGAGGUUUUAUUCAAUCUGCUGUUGUUACUUUGCAGAGAGAAAAUCACCACCAUGAAAAACAGGAUCAUUCAGGGUCUGACAAUCAUGCUGGACAUCUCCAUAAACCUAAACAUGGGUUAAAAAGACAGAAGAGAGAUUGGGUCAUUCCUCCUAUGUCAGUUCCUGAGAAUGAAAGAGGUCCAUUUCCCAAAAAUAUAGUACAGAUUAAGUCCAGUAGAGCUAAGGAGAUCAAGGUGUACUAUAGCAUCACUGGACAGGGAGCUGAUACCCCACCUGUUGGAGUUUUCGCAAUCGAUAGGGAAACUGGUUGGCUUAAGGUGAACAAACCACUGGACAGAGAAGACAUUGAUUAUUACACUCUGUUUUCCCAUGCGGUGUCAAUAAAUGGAGAAAAAGUGGAAGAUCCUAUGGAGAUUAUCAUAAAAGUGACUGAUCAGAAUGAUAACCCCCCAGUGUUUACAGAGGUGGUAUUUGAAGGUUCUGUGCCUGAGGGAUCUCGACCAGGUACUCCUGUGAUGACAGUAACCGCAACCGAUGCUGAUGAUGCUAUUGACACUUACAACGGCGUGAUCACUUAUUCUAUUGUUGACCAGGAACCAAAGGAGCCUACUAACCAGAUGUUCACAAUUAAUGCAGACACUGGACUUAUUAGUGUUAUUGCAACAGGGCUAGACCGAGAGAAAUAUCCAGAGUACACUUUGACUUUAAAAGCUACAGAUUUACAAGGUGCCGGGCUUGCUGCUACUGGAAAAGCCGUAAUCAAAGUUACAGACACCAAUGACAAUCCACCUAUAUUUAACCCAACAACUUAUACUGCAACUGUCCCGGAAAAUGAUGUGGGCUAUGAAGUUGAGCGCUUGACAUGCACAGAUGAAGAUAUCGUGGGUUCGGAUGCCUGGAAAGCUGUGUAUAGGAUUAUAAGGGGAAACGAGGCAAACUUUUUUGCUGUCACAACAGUUGAAGACAACAACGGUCUUUUAAAAACCAUCAAGCCAUUGGAUUUUGAGGUGAAGAGCCAGUACAUACUCUCUAUCACUGUGACAAACGUUGCAAAUUUUUCGGUACCACUGACAACCUCUACUGCAACGGUAACUGUGAUGGUGCAGGAUGUUAAUGAAGCCCCUAUAUUUGACCCAGCGGUAAAAAGAGUUAAUGUUAAUGAGGAUCUGCCCAGUGGUCAAAUAGUUGCUUCCUAUACAGCUACGGACCCAGAUAAGACAAAUCAGAAUAUAACUUAUAGCAUUGGGAAUGACCCAGCCAACUGGCUUUCUGUGAACCCGAGGAAUGGAAUUAUUACAGGAAAUGGUCAAUUGGAUCGGGAAUCGCUGUUUGUGCAGAAUAGCACUUACACAGCAAUAAUCAUAGCUACUGACAGUGGUGUUCCUCAAGCCACUGGUACCGGAACUCUCAUAGUUACCCUUCUUGAUGUGAAUGAUAACGCCCCACAGUUGAAACCUGAAGUUGUUUUGUUUUGCCAGAAGAAUCCAGAACCUUUUAUCGUUGACAUCAUUGACAAAGAUUUACCUCCAAAUACUGGCCCAUUUGUUUCAGAACUUUUGCGUAGUUCCCGUGAAAACUGGACAGCACAGGUGGUUGAAAACACCCUUAAGAUUUCCCCUUUAAAGAAUAUGGAUAUUGGUGAUUAUCCCAUUAACAUCAAAAUGAAAGACAACAUGGGGCUAGUGGCUGACAUAGAACUAAGUGCACGUGUGUGUUACUGUGAAGGAAGUGACAUCACCUGUGAUGAAAAAGCCAUUGCAGUUGGAGGUCUGGGUGUUCCUGCUAUCAUAGGGAUCCUGGUGGGAAUCCUAGCAUUGCUAAUAUUGUUGUUGCUGCUCUUACUGUUUAUGAGGCGCAAGAAGGUGGUGAAAGAACCUUUACUCCCCCCAGAAGAUGAGACUCGAGAUAAUGUGUAUUGUUAUGAUGAAGAAGGUGGUGGUGAGGAAGACCAGGAUUUUGAUCUAAGUCAACUUCACCGAGGCCUCGAUGCUCGUCCAGAUGUCAUACGUAACGACGUUGCGCCACCGCAUUUAGCUGCUCCUCAAUACCGGCCGCGCCCUGCUAAUCCAGAUGAAAUUGGGAAUUUUAUUGAUGAGAAUCUAAAGGCAGCAGACAAUGACCCCACAGCUCCUCCUUAUGACUCCCUCCUUGUGUUUGACUAUGAAGGAAGUGCCUCAGAGGCUGCCUCGCUCAGUACCUUGAAUUCUUCCAGUUCUGAUGGAGACCAGGAUUACACUGCACUAAAUGACUGGGGCCCACGUUUUCAUAAACUGGCUGACAUGUAUGGAGGGGAUGAGGAUUAGAAUGAGAUACGUUUAACUACAUCUGUACGGUUUUUAAAUCCUAAGAGGCAAUGGAGUAGAAUGACAUAAUGUAAAUAUUCAUCGUGUUGACUGAACCUGAUGACAGCUACGAUGGUGCAAGAAAUGUGAACAGACAGAAGACUAUUUUUUAUUGUACUGUACCAAAUACGUUUUUACAGUUUUGUACCCCUUGUGCUAUAUUCUCUAAAAUACAAUUUGCCAAAAGCUGUUGCUUUUUUAUUUUUCGUACUGAAAAACGUGUUUGCGGUUUAGAACAUAUAAAGUUUUUUUUAAAACGUAAAUUAUUUUAAGUGCUGAAUCAGUCUAUUCUCAGGAUUAUUAUGUUAAAGGGACAUUCUAGUGUAAAAAAUAAAUACAUUUAAUUAGAGAAUAUAAAAACAAAAUCAUCAGGUUACUAUGUGUUUAACCCUGCAAAGGGCUCAUAUACAGUCAGUUAUGCUACUGUAACACCCCUGCACCAAUCCAGAUGAGAAUAUGUCUGUGACUGAGGCAUACAUAUGUAUUCCUGUUUCUGAUUGGUUAACAGGUUGUAUUUUUAUUUGAGGCAGCACAGAGGCUGCGCACUGAUAGGAUACAUAUUAAUGUGUUUAUUAACCCCUACAAAUGAGUUUCACAUAGUAACAGAAGAUUAUAGUUUACAAAAUUAAAAUGAAAUGGGUCUAACAAACAGAUCAUUUCAUUGUUACACCCGAAUGUCCCUUUAAACUUGCAACUAAAUGAAAUAAAUAAUUAAGUAAAAUGGUGAACUCCGCUAUCACUUGGGUAACAACAUUUACACUGCGUUGGAUAUGUAUGUAUUUUUUCUUUCUUUUAUGUGUUUUGCUGUUUUUUUAAAUAAAAUACAUUUAUAUAUAUAUAAAUAAAUAUAUUAAAUAAA